GCGAGGCAUCUCCCAACCUCCAGGUUAUCACGUGAUGAUCACCAAAACAGUUAUUUAAAAAUGUGCAUUUAUGAAGAGAGCUAGCACUUUUCGGGGUUCUUAUUCAUCGAACGUGGAUUGUAUAAAUGGAUAUAUCAUGUGCAUUUAGUUACGUGGCGCCUUUCAGCAAGAACUUUUAACUGUGUUUGAGUCCAGCGCGCGCUCCGCAGUGGAAACAGAUGUGACUGGAUCUGUCUGUGUGUUGCCAAUUCCGCGGUUUUCCUGAACUGAAAUGCUUGUAUUAAAAUAUUUUACUUUACCCAAUUUAUAUAAUACCAGUGCUAAAACUGAUAGAUGAUAAGAAAUGGAGAUGCCAGGGAUACAUUUUAUCAGUUGUAAAUCGAUUAUUUAAUUUAUGAAAACAGAUUUUGCAUUUAUGAUAACUGGUGUAUAGUGAUUUUUAAGAAUAGAUUUUAUGUGAAAUUGCUUAAGUUUUGUUUUUGGGGGUUGGGUCAUUGAAUCAUCGGGUUAUUUUUGGAUUCUUUUUAUUUCGUUACCCACAUCUGGCAACCCUGAUCUGACUUCAGCACUUCUGCAAUGCGUCUUCUUUUUGAAGUAUGUUGUCCUGACUGUUAAAAACUCUGGUCAAAUAAUAUCCUGCUGUGUCCACAGUUAUGUGAUGUCAUCCAAAAUGACUGUGGACUGCCUGUGAAAAAAUCCAAAUACUGGAGACUUUCACAGGAAGGAAACCUUCAUGGGAAGAUGAAAGGCAAACCACUGACCCUUGUGACACCAUGAGGAGAGUUUAUAUUAAAGGAGAGGUUCUUUGUGCCUUGAUUCUGUUAGUGCUCCUUUGUCUUUUGUUAUAUGCCCACCAAAGAAUGACACCUGUAUGGGAAAAUAUACACAUUGAACAGGUAUCCACCUUACGGGAACCAAUUGGAGAGCAAACAAAGCCUGUCUCAUCUAAACAUCAAAACGUUCUCCAUUGCCAACCUGAGGUUCAAAUCAAGCUUAAGGCGCAAUCGAAGGCCAAAUUCCAGAGUAAAUCUAAAACACGAACCAUGGCUAAAUCUCCCCAGCCACCAACACAUGCUUUAUUUGACUUUGAGGAUUACCUUCGAAAGAAAGACCAGCGAGACUUCAAGCUGCUAAUCGAUCAACCAACAAAGUGUUCUUCUGGUGACCCCUACCUGCUUAUUGCCAUAAAGUCAAUAGCAAUGGACUUCGACAAACGUCAGGUAGUUCGACGCACAUGGGGACGAGAGGGUGUCUUCCACAAUGAGGUGAACGCCAAGAGAGUUUUUCUUCUCGGUGUGCCCCAAAAUCGAACGGCACUUCCGUUGUGGGACAAGCUGUUGGCGUAUGAGAGCCACAUUUAUGGCGACGUCCUUCUGUGGGACUUUGAGGACACUUUCUUUAACCUGACACUAAAAGAAAUCCACUUCUUAAAGUGGGUCAACACCAGUUGUCCAAAAGCAAAGUUCAUUUUUAAGGGAGAUGCGGAUGUUUAUGUAAACACAGACAACAUCCUGGAGAUGCUCAAGGAUAAAGAGAUAAAAAGUGACCUUUUUGUCGGAGACAUCAUAGUUCAUGCAAAACCAAUUCGUAGGCACAAAAGUAAGUACUUUAUUCCAGAGUUUAUUUAUGGUCAGGGGAUUUACCCAUCUUAUGCAGGCGGAGGCGGCUUUGUCAUGUCAGGAUAUACUGCCCUGAAGCUCCACCUUGGUUGCAAAGAGGUCGAACUCUUCCCCAUCGAUGACGUAUUUCUAGGAAUGUGUCUGCUGAGGAUCAGACUCCAGCCCACUCGCCACGAAGGCUUUCGUACUUUUGGAAUAGUGAGACCAUCUGCUGCACCUCAUCUCCAGGUCUUUGAUCCCUGUUUCUACAAAGAGUUAAUGGUGGUGCACAGCUUGACAGUCCCACAAAUCUGGCUCAUGUGGAAUCUUUUGCAUGAUCCCAACCUUCACUGUCAUAACAGCCAGGCUCCCACGACGUUUCCCUUUAAGUGGAGAAAUAAAGUCACUAGGACAAGUAAGAACAAGGCAAAGGAUGAGCUUGGGAGCCAAGACUAUGGAAUGAAAGUGUUUGUGGAGCAUUAACUCCUUUUAAAGGGAUAGUUCACCCAAAAAUGAAAAUUCUGUUUUAAUUUUCUCACUCUCAUGUUUUUACAAACCUGUAUAAAUUUCUGUGUUCUGAUGAACACGAAGGAAGAUAUUUAGAGGAAUGUUUGUAUCCAAACUCAUCAUGAGCCCCAUUCACUUCCCUAGUAGGAAAAGAGAACACUAUGGAAGUGAAUGGGGCUCAUGAACAGUUUGGUUACAAACAUUCCUCAAAAUAUCUUCCUUUGUGUUCAUCAGAGAAAAUACAUUUAUACUGGUUUGUAAUUUUCAUUUAUGGGCAAACUAUUCCUUUCAAGUCAAAUAUGGUUGUACUGUGAAUUCAAACGCAAAACCAAAAAAAGGAAAACAGGAUGACAAUUGAUAUGAUAUCAUAUCAACUACUACUUUUUUAAGUAACAAUUUAACCUGUGCAUAUUCUUACACAAAAUAAUACAGUGCACAUCAGUUUAUUUUCUAAAUAAUCUGCUGUCUUUGGAUUUACAAUGAACUGAAUUUAAAACAGAAAUUUAUUUUGAAUGUAAACUGCUGUGAAUACGAACAUACUACUACACUUUGAUUUAGUUUUAGUGUAAUAAAGACAAUGCACGUCUCUA